AUGGCGACCAUGUUUGAGCAGCCGCGCAACGGCACGCUGUUUCUCGGUGGUCAAAAGAUUUCAGGUUCCGACAUUCGUGACCAGAACGUCCUCGCAACACAAGCCAUUGCAAAUGUCGUCAAGAGCUCGUUCGGCCCCAGUGGCUUGGAUAAGAUGAUGGUUGACGAUAUUGGCGAUGUCACGGUUACAAACGACGGAGCUACGAUCCUCAGCCUACUCGACGUCGAGCACCCAGCCGGAAAGAUCCUGGUCGACCUGGCACAACAACAAGACAAGGAGGUCGGAGAUGGCACAACAUCGGUUGUUCUCAUUGCUGCCGAGCUUUUGCGCCGAGGAAACGAGCUGAUGCGUAACCGGAUACAUCCCACAACGAUCAUUACGGGCUACAGGCUGGCGCUGCGCGAGGCUGUCAAGUAUAUGAACGAGAACGUCAGCGUCAAGGUCGAGAAUCUCGGCCGCGAGUCGCUCAUCAAUAUCGCCAAAACGUCCAUGUCUAGCAAAAUCAUUGGUGCCGACUCUGACUUUUUUGCUAACAUGGUUGUCGAUGCCAUGCAAGCCGUCAAAACCACCAACACACGGAACGAGACGAAAUAUCCUGUCAAGGCCGUCAACAUCCUGAAGGCGCACGGUAAGGGCUCGUUGGAGUCCAUUCUGGUCAAGGGCUACGCCCUGAACUGCACAGUCGCUUCCCAGGCCAUGAAGACAUAUAUCAAGGAUGCCAAGAUUGCCGUGUUGGACAUCAACUUUCAGAAGGAGCGCAUGAAGCUCGGUGUUCAGAUCACGGUCGAUGACCCGCAACAGCUGGAGCAGAUUCGCGCGAGGGAGGCGGGCAUGGUUAUUGAGCGAAUCGAAAUGAUCCUCAAGGCUGGCGCCAACGUUGUCCUGACCACCAAGGGCAUCGAUGACUUGUGUCUCAAGUACUUUGUUGAGAAGGGGGCAAUGGCAGUCAGGAGGUGUAAAAAGGAGGAUCUGCGCCGUAUCGCACGAGCGACGGGAGCCACCCUGCUGGGAACAUUGUCGGACCUCAACGGCGACGAGCGCUUUGACCCGUCGUACCUUGGAUAUGCAGAAGAGGUGGUGCAGGAGCGCAUAUCGGACGAUGAGUGCAUCCUGAUCAAAGGCACCAAGGCGCAUUCAUCCGCGUCCAUUAUCCUCCGUGGCCCGAACGACUUUCAACUAGACGAGAUGGAGCGUUCCGUUCACGACUCCUUGUGCGCUGUCAAGCGUACUUUGGAGAGCGGUAGCAUCGUGCCAGGUGGUGGUGCUGUCGAGACGGCCCUGCACAUCUACUUGGAGGAGUUCGCCGGCACUGUGGGCUCGCGGGAGCAGCUAGCAAUCGGAGAAUUUGCACAAUCGCUGCUUGUCAUUCCCAAGACACUCGCUGUCAACGCAGCUAAAGAUGCAUCAGAUCUAGUGGCGCAGCUGCGAGCGCGCCACGCACUCUCACAACGCACGCAGGACGGAGAGGGCAACGAGGACGAAAAGAUAGUGGCUCGCAAGAAGGGCUACCGCAACUAUGGUCUGGACUUGGCCCGCGGCAAGCUCGUUGAUCAGAUUAAGGUCGGAGUGCUGGAACCCAGCGUCAGCAAAGUACGCCAACUCAAGAGUGCUGUUGAGGCCUGCAUCAGCAUAAUGCGCAUCGAUACUCUUAUCAAGCUGGACCCUGAGCAACAGGCGGAGGACGACGGACACGGGCACUAG